AUGGAGAUAACGAAUGUGAAAUCUGUUGAUCAAGCGGUAGAGGAAAUUAUGAGAAUUCAUAGAUCUUUACCGACAAGACCAGGGAUCGAAGAAGUGGAAGCAGCAAAGACAUUGAUUCGGAAUGUCGAAAAGGAAGAGCAAGCGAAACUGGAAGGGAUUUCGAAGCAGACAAAGAGCCCAGAUGUUCCUCAAGAGUUGUUCAUGAUCUUGCAAGAAAUGCAAAAACAGUUGUGUUUUUUUCAAAACAAAGAACAAAAGAGAGAAGCGUUAAAAAUGCUUGAUCUUGAAAAUGUUCAUAACCUCUUCGAUGAAUUUAUUCAAAGAGCUUCCAAAUGUCUUUCUUCGCCUUCUUCUUCUUCUACUUCUGUUUCUGGGUUUGACUCUUCUUCGAAUUAUGCGAAUGGGGGCAGUAAUUCUUUCAAAGGGAGUGCUGUCGCUGCGGCUGGUUCUUCUUCGAUUGAUAGAUCAUCUAUGGCUACAACUUCUGGAUUGUAUUAUGCAGAGAGAGAGCAGACAAGGAGUGCUGAAUUGUUUACCAGAGACGAUAGUUAUGUGAAUAAGGCGAAAUCUUCGUUUUAUUCUGAUGGAAUUGGUGCUUCUUCUACGCCGCAGAUUGUGGAUUCUACUUUAAAAGCUAGUUCGAUCAGUUCAAGUCAAGAUGGUGAGAAGUUGAGUCUAAUUAAGCUUGCGAGUUUAAUUGAAGUGUCUGCAAAAAAAGGAACACGGGAGCUUAAUCUCCGAUGCAGGUUGAUGGAUCAAGUUGAUUGGCUACCGGAUUCAAUAGGCAAGCUAUCGAGUUUGGUUACCCUAGACUUGUCUGAGAAUAGGAUUGUGGCGUUGCCAGAUACUAUUGGAGGUCUGUCAUCCUUGACGAAGUUGGAUUUGCAUGCCAACAGAAUUGGUGAACUCCCAGGAUCUAUUGGGGAUCUUCUUAGUUUGGUUGUCCUGGAUGUGAGGGGUAACCAGUUAUUGUCUCUGCCUGCUACAUUUGGCAGGUUGGUACGGCUUCAGGAGCUUGAUCUGAGCUCAAAUCGGCUCUCUUCGCUCCCUGAUACGAUAGGUUCACUUGUUAGUCUGAAAAAAUUAAAUGUGGAGACCAAUGAUAUUGAAGAAAUCCCACAUACUAUUGGCAAAUGUUCAUCACUAAAGGAGCUUCGUGCAGAGUAUAACAGGCUCAAGGCACUCCCAGAAGCUGUUGGAAAGAUAGAGACUUUGGAGGUUCUAUCUGUUCGGUACAAUAACAUCAAACAGUUGCCUACAACAAUGUCAUCUCUAUCAAGCUUGAAGGAGCUUGAUGUAAGUUUCAACGAGCUUGAGUCAGUGCCUGAGAGCUUGUGUUUUGCUACCUCACUCGUCAAGAUGAAUAUAGGAAACAAUUUUGCUGAUAUGCAAUCCCUACCAAGGUCGAUCGGGAACCUUGAGAAUCUUGAAGAGCUGGACAUUAGCAAUAACCAGAUACGUAUCCUUCCAGACUCUUUUAGGAUGCUAACACACCUACGUAUCUUACGUGUAGAAGAAAAUCCUUUGGAAGUACCACCGAGACAUAUAGCUGAAAAGGGUGCUCAGGCUGUUGUUCAAUACAUGGCUCAACUUGUUGAAAAGAGGGACGUCAAAGCACAACCUGUAAAGCAGAAAAAGAGUUGGGCUCAAAUUUGCUUCUUUUCAAAGUCUAACAAAAGGAAGCGCAAUAGCGUAGACUAUGUGAAAGCCUGA